CGGAGAGAAACUGGGCGUGGCGUUCUCCACCGGGAUAUAUAAGGAGACGCUGGCGGCCGCGCCUUUCUUUCCGUGCCCGCGAACGCGGCGGAGCUGAGUCGCGAUGCCGGUGGCGAGGAGCUGGGUGUGUCGCAAGACCUACGUGACCCCGAGGCGUCCCUUUGAGAAGUCGCGGCUCGACCAGGAGUUAAAAUUGAUCGGGGAAUAUGGACUGAGGAACAAGCGAGAAGUGUGGAGGGUGAAGUUUACCCUGGCCAAGAUCCGCAAGGCUGCGAGGGAGCUGCUGACCCUGGACGAGAAGGACCCCAGGCGCCUCUUUGAGGGGAACGCCCUCCUGCGCCGCCUGGUUCGCAUCGGCGUCCUGGACGAGGGCAAGAUGAAACUGGAUUACAUUUUGGGGCUGAAAAUCGAGGAUUUCCUGGAACGCCGCCUCCAAACCCAGGUUUUCAAACUGGGAUUGGCCAAAUCCAUCCACCACGCCCGAGUGCUGAUCCGCCAGCGCCACAUCCGGGUUCGGAAGCAGGUGGUGAACAUCCCGUCGUUCAUCGUGCGCCUGGACUCCCAGAAACACAUCGACUUCUCCCUGCGCUCCCCCUACGGCGGCGGCCGGCCCGGCCGCGUCAAGAGGAAAAACGCCAAGAAGGGACAGGGAGGAGGAGGAGCCGGAGAGGAUGAGGAGGAGGAUUGAGCCUAAAACGGGAAAAA